AAAGUGUAGAGAGCAAUCUCGCAGCGCAGCUCGUACCAAUAGAGAUAAUAAACGCGUGAUAAACGAAUAGUUCCACGAACGUGUGGAACCAAAUUCCAAAGUGCGCCUGCUCUUAUUACUUGUUCUGACGAACGUUCUGCAAGUGAACGAGCCAAAGUGAAGAAAUUAUGACGUCCUUAACGAAUCUGCCGCCGAUAGUAAGGCUGUCCAGCAAGGUGAUCCGAAUCUUAGGCUGUAAUCCAGGCCCGAUGACGUUGCAGGGCACCAACACAUACCUCGUGGGCACUGGACGCAGACGUGUGUUGAUUGAUUCGGGAGAACCAAAAACAGCCGAGGCCUAUGUAAAACUUCUAGGCAGUGUAUUAAACGAGGAAAACGCGACUAUCGAGCACUUGGUCGUUACUCAUUGGCAUCAUGAUCAUAUCGGUGGUGCGAACGCCGUACGAAAUUUGGUGAAGAAAUUGUUUCCCACAGACAAACAACUGACUGUAUGGAAAUUGCCACGAUCGCCGACCGAUAAUGUUAGAUCAGAUGACGAAAAAUCCGUUCAGUGGGAACCUUUGAAGAACGAUCAAGUGGUAGAGGUCGAAGGAGCGAAGCUACAAAUAAAGUAUACGCCAGGACACACCAGCGAUCAUGCUUGCCUGCUGCUGCAGGACGAGAACAUCUUAUUCAGCGGUGACUGCAUUCUCGGAGAAGGCACGUCGUACUUCGAGGAUCUCCACGACUACAUGCUGUCGCUGAAUAAAAUCCUGGAGAUGCAGCCCAAGAUGAUUUAUCCAGGUCACGGGCCGGUUAUUAAUGAUCCUCAGCCACGAAUACAGUAUUACAUCAAGCACAGGCAACAGAGAGAAAACGAAAUUCUAUGGAUGCUGCAAGAACAGGGAAGCGAUAAGUCGAUGACGGAAAUGGAUAUCGUCAAGCUGAUGUACAAAGAUUCACCUGAGAAACUAUGGCUCGUUGCAGCAUAUACUGUAGGGCAGCAUCUUCGGAAGUUACAGAAAGAAGGGAAAGUGUUGCAAGAAGAAAAUGGUGGCUGGUGGAGAAUUAAAGGCAAAAUAUGAAUAGAUGUACCAUAAAAAAGUAUUAAACAAAAUUAUAGAAAAUUGAAUAUUUGAAGAGAGAGCUGAAAUAAUUUUGAUCGAAAAUUUAUAAAUCUCCUAAACAAAAAUCUUAAAUAUAUUUUAUAUGGGAUAUGGGAAUAAAUUUCCGCCUAUUAUAGUAACACUGCUUGUGUGAUAAAAUGGCAAUACAUGUAUUUGAAAGGUGUGUGUUCAAACUUUAGAAUCCAGUAGUUGGCAUUUGUUUGAAGCGUAAAGAAGAGUACUUUUUUGUAUUGAAAAUGUCGGAAUUUAUUCCAAAAAAGCAACAUUUGCAGGAAGUUUUACUCUAUUAUUUCAUUUUAAAGAAAAAUGCUGCGGAAACGCAUUGUUUGCUCGUAGAUAUUUAUGGUGAGCAUGCUCCAUCGAAUACUACUUGUAAAGAAGUUGGUUUCGGCGAUUCAACAACAGUGAUUUCGACGUACGUGACAAAGAACGCGAAAGUGCACCGGAGAAAUUUGAAGAUGCAGAAUUGCAACCAUUACUCGAAGAAAAUCCAUGUCGAUCGCUUGACGAGUUGUCAAAAGAAUUAAAUGUUGAUAAAUCCACUGUUGAAAAACGUCUACACGCAAUAGAAAUAGUGCAAAAAGAAGGAAAUUGGGUGCCAUACAAAUUGAAAGAGAGAAAGACGUUUGGUCACGUGCAAGAUGUUGCUUCAACAACAAAAGAAGGAUUUUCUGCACCGUAUCAUGACUGGCGAUGAAAAAUGGAUCUACUACGAUAAUCUUAAACGCCUGAAAACAUGGGUGAUGCCAGGUGAAUCAGGUCCAUCAACACCAAAACGGAAUAUCCAUACUUCGAAAAUUAUGUUGUACAUCUGAUGGGAUCAAAGGGGUGUUGUAUAUUAUGAGCUGCUGAAACCGUCCGAAACCAUCACUAGCGAUCGUUAUCGACUACGACUGAUAGGUUUGAACCAAACUUUGAAAGAAAAACGACCGGAAUGGAACAAUAGACACUACAAGCUGAUUCUACUACAUGACAACGCUAGGCCACACGUUGCUAAACCAGUCAAAAAAUACUUGAAGAAGUGAAGUGGAAUUACGGGGAGUGGGGUAGAAUUCUCUCCCACCACCCGUAGUCACCUGACAUUGCUCAGAUUUCCAUUUGUUUCGGUCCAUACAGUCAGCCCUUUCUGGAGAGCGAUUCAAUUCUUAUGAAGGUAUCAAAAAAUGGCUUUAUGAAUAGAUUACUUCAAAAGAACCAGAUUUCUUUCGAGGAAUAUGUUUAUUACCUGAAAGGUGGGAGAAAGUUGUUGCUUUCGAUGGAGCAUACUUUGAAUGAACUCACUUUGUUUUGUUUAAAUAAAUACCUCUUUUUCACUAAGGAAAAGCGGGAACUUAUUCCCAUAUAAGUUAAAUAUAUUAUAAAUUAUUAUAAUUUAAAUUAUUAUAAAUAAAUAAAGAAGCGUCAAC